GAAGGCAAGCAAACGCCAGAAACGAAGAGGAAAGGAGUGAUUGGGGAAAUGGUCACGGCGGCAGCGCCACCGCAUGAUGUUGUUGCGACAGCGGUGUCGGUGUCGGUGGCCGGGGUAGGGUUGGUGGAUGAGCAGCAGGCGGCAGGGGUGGGGAUCUUGUUGCAGAUAUUGAUGUUGGUGCUCUCAUUUGUGCUCGGCCAUCUCCUCCGUCGCCGCAAGGUGUAUUACAUCCCAGAGGCUAGUGCCUCCCUCCUUAUUGGGAUGAUUGUUGGAGGCAUUGCUAACAUAUCAAACACUCAAAGAAGUAUUCGGAGAUGGUUCAAUUUUCGGGAGGACUUCUUCCUUCUUUUCUUAUUGCCUCCAAUUAUAUUUCAGUCUGGAUUCAACUUAGCACCUAAACCAUUCUUUUCGAAUUUUGGUGCCAUUAUAACAUUUGCAAUAUUGGGAACCUUCAUUGCUUCUAUUAUCACUGGUCUUUUAGUAUAUGGUGGUGGGUUAAUACACAUCAUCUAUAAGUUGCCUCUAGCUGAGUCCAUGAUGUUUGGUGCACUAGUGUCAGCAACUGAUCCUGUUACUGUACUGUCCAUAUUUCAGGAACUUGGCACUGAUGUGAACCUCUAUGCGUUGGUUUUUGGAGAAUCAGUUCUCAAUGAUGCCGUGGCUAUAUCCUUGUAUAGGAGUAUGGCUUUAAUGAGGACAAAUUCUUUUGGACAAAACUAUUUUCUAGUUGUCAUCAAGUUUCUUGAGAAUUUUGUUGGUUCAAUGUCAUCAGGCGUUGGGGUUGGGCUUAUUUCUGCUCUCCUCUUCAAGUAUGCAGCUCUAGGUGUUGAGAACCUUUAUAAUCUGGAAAGUUGCUUAUUUGUCCUUUUCCCUUACUUCUCGUACAUGCUAUCUGAAGGCAUUGGUUUGUCUGGUAUCGUUUCUAUUCUAUUUACUGGGAUUGUUAUGAAGAGAUACACCUUCUGCAACUUGUCAGAAGAUUCUCAGCGUUUUACUGGUCGUUUUUUCCAUCUACUUUCAUCGCUAGCAGAAGCUUUCGUGUUCAUAUACAUGGGAUUUGAUAUUGCAAUGGAGCGACAAAGCUGGUCACAUAUUGGAUUCAUUUUUUUCUCAGUUAUCUUUAUAUUACUUGCAAGGGCUGCAAAUGUCUUCUCUUGUGCAUACAUAUUAAAUUUGGCACGACCAGUACACUGCCAAAUACCUAGGCAAUAUCAGCUAGCACUAUGGUAUAGUGGUCUUAGGGGGGCAAUGGCAUUUGCCCUUGCAAUUCAGUCUGUUCAUGAUCUUCCUGAAGGACAUGGCGAAACAAUUUUCACCGCUACCACAUCUAUUGUUGUUUUAACUGUGCUUCUAAUAGGAGGCUCAACUGGCACAAUGCUCGAAUCCUUACAGGUAGUUGGGGAUAGUCAUCGCUAUCAUCAUCCAUAUGAGAACUUUGAUGGGAACAAUGCUGGCUACACCGGGCAACAUUACGAGGAAGAAACAUCAACAUCAAACAGAUUCAAAAUAAAACUCAGAGAAAUCCAGAAAAGCACCUCCUCUUUCGCUUUACUGGACAAGCAUUAUCUUACUCCCAUUUUCACCUCUCAAAAUGGGGAUGAAAAUUCUGAUGAUGACGAGGAUAAUAUCACAGAUGAAUCAUUGAGGAAUGAGGAAAUCUAGAAGUCAUGCGGAUUUGGAGGAUCAUGGACCUAUGAUUAAUGACGACAAACAUGAAAAAAAAUCAAAGAGUUGUGCAUUCAAAUCAACAUCAAAAGUCGAGCAAUCUAUACGUCAAACCCUAGGAUGUUAGUUCGAGAGUAUAUGUAAGUAAAUAGUAUCGAAGGUGGAAUUCACUAGGAUAUAUGCUUUCCUUUCUUGAGGAAACUUGGUAAUGUCAUGAUUUUUUUAUCGGUUGCCAUUCCAAUCCACAUGCCAAAGUUUUGAGAUGAAACUUGAAAACAUUGCAAGCAUGAGUACAUGACUAUGUAUCAACAUGCAUAAUACCGCAAUUAUCGAUUU